CAAGCUCUCAACUUUCUGUUUGGAGAAUCUGAAUUACAGUGAAAGUUUUCUGGGUUUUUCUCCAUGUCAAGUGAAAAGAAAAACCCAUAUGGCCACCAUGGCCACUAUGAUCCUUUCAACUACGAUUCUCACCAAGGAUUCAACAGAUCAUCACCUUCUUCAACCUUUCAAUUCUUUGAAGAUCAAAACCAGUUGCAGAAUGAUUUUGAUCCUUCCUCUAAUUUCAUCACCUUUACUGACUGCUUACAAGCCAACUCAACCAUGGACUACAACACUCUCUCUAAAGCUUUUGACAUAUCCUGCUCUUCCUCCUCUCAACUCAUUUCUCAAUUCCAAGAUCAAACUAUUGCUGAUCCAAACAAGAUUAACCCUGCGGCGGCUGCCGAUCAUUCUGAUCAUCUUCCUUCCACACCCAAUUCUUCGGUUUCCUCCUCGUCGAACGAUGAAGAUGGUAGUAAGAAAGAGAAGCAGUCUAAGGGGUCUGAAGACGGAGAUCAUGACAAGUCCAAGAAAAUGAUGAACAAGCCGAAAAAGGAGAAACGGCAACGGGAACCACGUUUUGCUUUUUUGACCAAGAGCGAGAUUGAUCAUCUUGAAGAUGGAUAUAGAUGGAGAAAAUAUGGACAGAAGGCAGUCAAAAAUAGUCCUUAUCCAAGGAGUUAUUACAGAUGCACCAGCCAAAAAUGCAUGGUGAAGAAACGAGUUGAAAGAUCAUUUCAAGACCCAUCAACUGUGAUUACAACCUAUGAAGGUCAGCAUAACCAUCAAUGUCCCGCGACUCUCCGAGGCAGCGCUGCUGGAAUGUUCUCACCGUCUCUUCUCACCGGAUCAGCAUUAUCGGUUGCCCCCAGCUUCCCUCAGGAGCUUCUACUAACUCACUUGCUUCCUACACCAAACAGUAAUACAGGCAAUGGUGAACCCAGUUCCAUGUUCUAUCACCAGAAUUUCACUCCACCUCUGCAACAUCCACAGCUUCAGAUUCCAGAUCAAUAUGACUUAUUGCAAGACCUACUUCCCGCCUUCAUAGAUAAACAUCACCCAUGAAUCAAACUUUACAGUAUCUCAUCACUGUACUUAUACUUUGUAUUAGGUUAAAUAUCUAUUGAUAUAGCAGAACGGAUCAUGUCCGGUAAGACCAUUUAAUGCACAUUUCUGACU